UGUUAAAUAAUCGUAACGACUAAACUAAAUCAGUUUUUUAACCCUCCUCGUGGAAAGCGGACGUGUUUUUAGUGUGUAUACUGUUAUUUAUGUAUCCUAAAAAUGUCUAGGGGCUUACGGUGUCUGAAUUUGUGUAUUAAAAGUAAAGAAGCUGUUGAAACCCUGAAAUUGCGACUCACACACGAAGAGUUUUCCGAAGGAACAACAAUGUCUCAAAAGGUACGUUAUUUUUAAAUUAAAUUCGCGUAAUAAUGAUAAACUAGAAAAAUUAAUUAACUAAAUUAAUGUUGUAUAAUUAACAAACGGUGCCAUUUUAUUAUUGUAAAUAAUUAAAAAUUUUUAGACGUUGGCGGUACUCCCACAAAUAAAGGGAGACGAAUCUAAAGAUGCUCCAUACCCCAUGACUAUUCUUGACAAUGUUAAUGACAAUGCUUUUUUUGAGCAAAAUCCAGAAUUAUCUUUCAACCCAAGCCUCAUCAAAAAAUUAUUGUUAAUAAAUUAGCGGGACAUGAAGCUACGGUACAUUCACAAACAAACGGAGACGAACCUAAAAAUGAUCCAGAAACAAUUAUGACCUACACUAUUCUCGAAAAUGUUAUUGACAGUGUUAUUUUUGAGGUAACUAUGAGAACUCCACUCUAACAGGACGUAUGCAAAAUCUAACAAACAUUGACCAUUUUUUAGCAAAAUCCAGAGUUAUAUCUCUGCAACCCAAAGGUGAUCAAGAAGUUAUUAUCAAUGAACCAUUAGCAGGAGGAGCGGCUGAAACUACCGACCUUGUAAAAGACAACAUCCCUAUUAUUAUUAUACAACCAAAUGGAACAGUUGUUUCUAAUGAGGAAAAUAGUAUUGCCAUGAAUUCAUUCAGUGCUGCGGUAGCUGACCUCAAUCUUACUGGUGUAUCAGACCUUGACUUCCUGAUGAACGAAAGUGUUCUGGAACCAUCUUGCAAUGAAACAAUAAGUGCUGAAAUUAUGACGUUUCCAUUUGAUAAUAAUAGUUCAAGUAUAGAAAGUUAUGAUCCCCAGUCUAAGCAGACAGUGACAACUCUUCAGAACAAUAAAUCCACAGAUGAUAAACAAGCAAUGGCUAUGAAUAUUGACAGAGAAGAUAAUGAUAAUAAUGAAGAAGACAUUAGUUCAGAAGAUCAAAGCAGUGAUCGGGCUAGCACUGGUUUGUCCAAACAUAAAAUCAAAAAACCAAAUAAAAGGCUAGAAAAAAAGAAACUGAAGAGUUCUGGUGUAAAUAAAGCAGUAAAGCCGAAUCCAUGUGCUAAGAAAAAAUGUCAAAAUAAUUGUAAAUCAGUAAGUGAAACUGACAGAAAGCAAAUAUUUAAUGCCUAUUAUGAACUUGAGACCUAUGAAGAAAAGAAAAGUUGGCUAAUUCAAUGUAUAAAGCAAAAAGAAAUAAGAAGAAAACGUACCAAGAAUAAUAAUUCCAAGCGACAAAAAACUAUAUAAUAUAACUUAACAGUACAAGGAAAACAAAAAAGAGUUUGUCAGCAGUUCAUACUAAAAACCAUGGAUAUCAGUCAAAUGUCUUUGCGACAAACCAUAAACAAUGUUUCUAAGACAGGAAUGAUUAAAAAAGACUCGCGAGGUCGCUGUGCACCUAAAAAUAAGACAUCUGAGCAAUCUAUUAAACAUGUCAAUGAUUUUAUUAAUAAAAUACCAGUGGUGCCAUCCCAUUAUUGCCGCUCCCAAACAAAGAAACUUUACGUGCUUUCUGAAAUUGGAAAUUUUUCAAAUCUAUACAGAUUGUAUAAGGAAGAUUGUAAAAUGCAAAAAUGGAUCCAGUGAGCAGAGCAACGUUUUUAAGGAUUUUUAAAGGUUAAAAUCUAGGCAUUUAUGUAAAAAAAAAGAUAAAUGCAGUCUUGUGAUAGGGGCCUAAGUACAGGCGAAAAAAAUGUAGAAGCAGCAGAUUUAUAAAACUAUCUGCGUCAUAGAGAAGAGAUAAAAAACAGUUGUGAUAAAUUUAAAAAAGAUCAAGAAAAUUGCGAUCCAAAUUUCAUGUGUGCAUCUUUUGAUCUACAGAAGGUGUUAACUACGCCACACGGAAACCGUAUACUUUUAUAUUAUGCUCGUAAAUUAGCUGUUUACAAUUUCACGGUAUAUGAAAGUAUAACAAAAAACGGUUUUUGUUUCCUGUGGAACGAGACUUUGGGAAAAAAAUUUUCAAACAAAGUUUGCACUGCCCUACAAAAAUACCUUGAACUUUUAGAUCAACGUAUUUCUCCUAAAAUAUCCGAACUUUCCCUGUACUGCGAUAAUUGCAGUGGACAAAAUAAAAACAAACAAGUUUUGGCAAUGAUUAACACAUUUCUUAAAACAUCUAUUCACAUAAAAAAAAUCACAUUAAACUAUCUAAUUGCCGGCCAUACAUACACGCCUGUUGAUUAUAUGCAUUCUACUAUAGAAUCAUUUAUAUCAAAAAGAAACAUUUACGCACCUUCAAUGUAGAAAUCUGCUAUAAGGCUUGCAAGGCACACACCCGGACCAUAUUUCAUCAAUUUAUUAAACUAUGAUAAUUUUCUGAACUAUUCAACCAAUGCAAAAGGGGUUUCUAAUUUUUUCCCAGUAUGUUGAAGACACAGAAACUACUGAACAACCUGAAUCAAUUUUAAAGAAAAAACGAAUUAAAACUAGAAGCAAAAAACCUAAAUUAGUCAAAGGUAAGCCCCUACAAAUUUCCAAAAUUCGGGUAGUAAAAAUGGAAGCAGAAAACCAAAAAUACAUGACAGUUCAGUAUAGUUAUUUGCAAGGGUUAGCCAAUGAACAGCACUUUACUAUUAAAAAUGACGGAAAGCCCCUUAAUAAAUGCUACACUUCCCUACUGCCGAUAUCGGCGGCUAAAUACAAAGAUCUCAGCAAAUUAUGUUUGCAGUCAGCUAUUCCUAUUAUCGCGAAUUCAUUAGUCUGCCACAUUCGCAGGACAUUAUAGAUGUAU